AUGUUUUACGCCCACUUUGUACUGAGUAAAAAGGGCCCGUUCUCUCGUAUAUGGUUGGCGGCUCACUGGGAUAAAAAGCUCACAAGGGCUCAUGUCUUCGAGACUAACAUUAAUUCCAGUGUCGAAGCCAUAUUGGAGCCUAAGUUAAAGAUGGCUCUCAGAACAUCUGGCCAUCUUCUGUUGGGCGUUGUCAGGAUUUAUUCACGGAAGGCAAAAUAUCUUUUGGCAGAUUGCAAUGAAAUCUAUGUGAAGAUUAAGACUUCGUUCCGUCCAGGCGUUGUCGAUCAGCCAGAUGACUCAAACCGUGAAGCUGCCUUGGCUGCGAUUAAUUUGCCUGAAAAUAUACAGGAUUACGAGGCUACGAUGGCUGCCUUGAACGCUAUUAACCUUAAUACAAUCAACAUAAACCAAAGCCGCCCAGAGGACAUCACAAUGCGCGAGGACUUCGGAGAUGUUAAUUUGGGUCGUAUCGACGAUGAUUUCGGAGAGGGCGCUUUUGAGGAACUACCCAGCCGGGAAAUGUUGCGAGGGGGUGACGGUGGCUAUGACAGUGUCUACGGUCGUGGUACGGACGCCUCGGGUCGCUUUUCUGUUCGCGAAUCUGACCGACCUUCGAUCCGAACCGACAUAGACCCCGAUGACACAUUGAUUGGUGCCAAAGACAAGUCUGAUAAGGUCGCUACUGGUCUUACCCCAGGUGCUGAUAUCGGCUUGGAUGACGAUGACUUCGUUGAACCUCUCUAUGCUGGCGACUCAGACGGCAGCUUCGGUGGGGAUAUAGAGCCGUCAAUUUUCAAUAAUCCCGCUCUGUUUGAGGAUGCCACUACUACCAAUCAGCUGGCCACAUUGGCGGAAGGGCUGACACUAUCUAGCGAACCGGGUGCGACGGCUGCUGAUGGAGGGAUGAAGGAGGGUGGGCCCUCCAUGAUGGGCGUCGAAGUCAUAACUCCCAUUGGCCCCAAAAGCAACGGUGCUACGCCGCAGGUGCCCGACCAGCCACCGCUCCAGCCCCAGGUCACCGCUAAUAUGACACGCAACAUUUCAAACGAUUCUGGGGCUUUCGCUCUCAUGCCUAUCGAUGUCCCUACUGCUGUUACGGAACCACGACGUGCUGCAAAGCGGAAGCGUCGUUUAAUUAUUGAUGAGUUGAAGUCUAUUCCAAGUGACCUUAUGAAGGCUCAGAUGCAGGACACUUCGGAGAUUGUCACCCAGUUGGAUCUAGCCCCGCCCACGAAACGUCUGAUGCGAAUGAAAGAGACCGGCGGAUUGGACAAGCUUUUUACCCUCCCCGGUCGCUCGCUCCCCUCGCGCAUUCUUCAGCGCAUGUUCUCUCGUAACCUUCGCACUCAACCCAUCACCGAUGCUACCGGACAGGACGCGACCCCAUCUUUACUGGCUCCCGACGAAAGCCGUCCUCAUAUUUUCUUCCGCUCGACUGCUCCGGGUCCUGCAGCAUCAGCCAUCGAAGAUCAUCUGCUGUCCGCAGCGGCUACUCCAAGGGACCUUCUGUCAAGCUCCGGUUUUCAUGCUGGAGCGCAUCAGCAAGGAGGCGCACUUGGCCUGGACGCCAUACCCGAGGAGACCAUCUCCGUAAGCAAUCAGUCUGGUUACCCCGGUUACCCUUCCGCCUCAGCAGACCACCAUCCACACCGUCAAGGUGACAAGGCCACUGUUGAUCUCCACAACGACCACCACGAUCUUCUGGGUAUGUCGAUAAAAGUGCCUCUACUAGCUCUCGCUUGCAUGCUAACUGAACUUUCCUCUCAUACUGAUGCCAGGCGUCCUGGUCACGCCGAUAACACCCUCACCAAUCUGCAUGAUCCUUUUCUGGCGGCCACCGCGCGUCCAACGGACAUUCCGGAGCAUCACCACGUGCAUCCAGGUGCCAGCGACGACGAUAUGGAGGACGAUGACAACAAUUUCCCUCUCGAUGCUCAGUAUCUUGAACCCCCUUCGGUUCUCUCUGAGGCCUCACAGGGCAUCCUGUUAGAACACGAUUUAGACGGGACCGGAGACCGUGGGGGUCGUGGGUCACGCGGAGGCCAUGGCUUAAAUUUGGCAAGUGAGUUUGGUGGGCCGAGGGACGAUGAGGACACCAUGCCGGCUGCUCCCUCCGUUGGUGGCGAUUUGAGCCGAGAGGUAUUGGGGGGUGAGGAGAUUGAAGAGGAGCGACGCUUGGAGAAGCGCUCCAAGGACAUGCUGCGUCGACUGCGAGCACACGUUGCGCAGCAUGGCUGGGGUGAAACUGGCAUCUCGUUGCUGGCGAUGUGUGAGGGAAAUAGCAAGAAACAGGCGGCUUCCAAGUUCUACACAAUGCUUCUCUUGCGGAAGCAAGGCUCCGUGCGGUUGUUCCAGGAUGCGCCCUAUUCGGAUAUCCGGGUGUGUCGAGGUCCCGCGUUUGUCGGACCCGCGGAGACGUGA